GGAGCGCGGCGCCGGGCAGGGGCGGCACCUCGCGGCCGCCCCCGCUAGGGCCGCGGCAUGGGGCGGGUGCAGCUCUUCGAGGUCCGCCUGGGCCACGGCCGCGUCGUCUACAGCCCGGGGGAACCGCUGGUGGGGGCCGUGCGCGUGCGCCUGGGGGCGCCGCUGCCCUUCCGAGCCGUCCGAGUGACCUGCACAGGCUCCUGCAGGGUCUCUAACAAGGCCAAUGACGGAGCAUGGGUGGCGGAAGAGGGCUACUUCAGUAGCACACUGUCACUGGCCGACAAGGGGAGCCUGCCUGCAGGAGAGCACAGCUUCUCUUUCCAGUUCCUGCUUCCUGCCACAGCGCCCACAUCCUUUGAGGGCCCUUUCGGGAAGAUCGUGCACCAGGUGCGGGCCACCAUCGACACGCCACGUUUUUCCAAGGAUCACCAGUGCAGCUGUGUGUUCUAUAUCUUGAACCCUCUUAACCUGAACAGCAUCCCAGACAUCGAGCAACCCAAUGUGGCCUCCACCACCAAGAAGUUCUCCUACAAGCUGGUGAAGACGGGCAGUGUGGUCCUAACCGCCAGCACGGAUCUCCGAGGCUACGUUGUGGGGCAGGUGCUGCGGCUGCAGGCUGACAUCAAGAACCAGUCGGGCAAGGACACCGGCCCUGUGGUGGCCAGUCUGCUGCAGAAAGUGUCCUAUAAGGCCAAGCGCUGGAUCUACGAUGUGCGGACCAUCGCGGAGGUGGAGGGCUCUUCAGUCAAGGCCUGGAGGCAGGCGCAGUGGCAGGAGCAGAUCCUGGUGCCCGCCCUGCCCCAGUCCGCCCUGCCCGGCUGCAGCCUCAUCCACGUGGACUACUACCUGCAGGUUUCUCUGAAGGCGCCAGAAGCCACAGUGACCCUGCCAGUCUUCAUCGGCGACAUCGCUGUGAACCAUGCCCCGCUGAGCCCUUGGCCAGGCGCAGGGCUGCCUGCCGGAGCCUCACCCCCAGUGGUGCCCUCUGCGCCGCCGCAGGAAGAGGCGGAGGCCGGCGGCCCCCAUUUCCCGGACCCCAUCUUCCUCUCCACCAAGAGCCACUCUCAGCAGCAGCCACCGCGUGGCGCUUUGGGCUGUGCGCCGGGCGUCCCGGAGCCCCAUCCUCCGGAUGGCAGUCCCGCCCCGCACCCCCUGCCUCCUCCCUUGUGCAUCUCCACAGGUGCCACUGUCCCCUACUUUGCAGAAGGGUCCGGAGGGCCGGUGCCCACCACCAGUACCUUGAUCCUCCCCCCAGAGUACAGCUCGUGGGGCUACCCCUAUGAGGCCCCGCCAUCCUAUGAGCAGAGCUGCGGCGGUGCGGACCCUGGUCUGACCCCCGGGAGCUGACCUGAGCUGCCUUCUCCGGGCGGGCCGACCUCUGCCCUGGGACCGGGCUCCCAGGGCCUCGUGCCUUCACCCCCGGCCCGGCCCGGCCCACUCAGGACUUGCAGUUGCCCGUCCCCCUGGCUCUCUGCCUUGGGACCAGCCUCCUCGGGUACAGCCGGUCUCUCUCUGGGGCGGGGCCUCGAGGGAUGCUGUGUAAAUAAAGCGCUUCAUUUGUAGA